GGGCCCCCCUGGCACCCCUGCAUGGACUGAGGAACCCAUGCCCCUAACCCCGACUUCUGGGAGGCAUAGAAGUCCCGGACGACCACCCUGGCCCCCAGACCUUCCAGCCGGACACCACCCCCAGUCCCCAGCUUGACCUCUCACCUUUGCUGCCUGCCCCCAGAGCCCCCGGACCUGACGCCAGAGGAGCGCAUGGAGCUGGAGAACAUCCGACGGCGGAAGCAGGAGCUGCUGGUGGAGAUCCAGCGCCUGCGGGAGGAGCUGAGCGAGGCCAUGAGCGAGGUCGAGGGUCUGGAGGCCAAUGAGGGCAGUAAGACCUUGCAGCGGAACCGGAAGAUGGCGAUGGGGAGGAAGAAGUUCAACAUGGACCCCAAGAAGGGAAUCCAGUUCCUGGUGGAGAAUGAGCUGCUCCAGAACACGCCCGAGGAGAUCGCCCGCUUCCUCUACAAGGGGGAGGGGCUCAACAAGACGGCCAUCGGGGACUACCUGGGGGAAAGGGAAGAGCUGAACCUGGCAGUGCUCCACGCCUUCGUGGACCUGCACGAGUUCACCGACCUCAACUUGGUGCAGGCGCUCAGGCAAUUUCUGUGGAGCUUCCGCCUCCCGGGAGAGGCCCAGAAAAUCGAUCGGAUGAUGGAGGCCUUUGCACAGAGAUACUGCCUGUGCAACCCUGGGGUCUUCCAGUCCACAGACACAUGCUACGUGCUGUCCUUUGCCGUCAUCAUGCUGAACACCAGCCUCCACAACCCCAACGUGCGCGACAAGCCGGGCCUGGAGCGCUUCGUGGCCAUGAACCGGGGCAUCAACGAGGGCGGGGACCUGCCUGAGGAGCUGCUCAGGAACCUCUACGACAGCAUCCGAAACGAGCCUUUCAAGAUUCCUGAAGACGACGGGAACGACCUGACGCACACCUUCUUCAACCCGGACCGCGAGGGCUGGCUCCUCAAGCUGGGAGGGGGCCGGGUGAAGACGUGGAAGCGGCGCUGGUUCAUCCUGACUGACAACUGCCUCUACUACUUUGAGUACACUACGGACAAGGAACCCCGCGGAAUCAUCCCCCUGGAGAAUCUGAGCAUCCGAGAGGUGGACGACCCCCGGAAACCCAACUGCUUUGAGCUCUAUAUCCCCAACAACAAGGGGCAGCUCAUCAAAGCCUGCAAAACAGAGGCCGACGGGCGAGUGGUGGAGGGCAACCACAUGGUCUACCGCAUCUCCGCGCCCACGCAGGAGGAGAAGGACGAGUGGAUCAAGUCCAUCCAGGCGGCUGUGAGCGUGGACCCCUUCUAUGAGAUGUUGGCGGCCCGGAAGAAGCGCAUCUCCGUCAAGAAAAAGCAGGAGCAGCCUUGACCUCCCGCCCCCCACUCCAUUAUUUAUUUUGGAGCUGCCCCGCCUGGGUGGCCGGACCCCUGGGCCCCGGGGCUGCGGAUCCUGGUUUCCCCGUUUGGAAAAUUCACCACCUCUAGCUGCCCACCCUCAUUCUUUGUAAUUAACACACUGUUGGUAAUCUUAUUAAUUAUUUAACCACU